CACAUAUUUUGUGACGUAGUACACAUGCUGACGUCGAUUGAGCCCGUGAUACGUGUAUGGAAAGAAGGCUGAAAGCAGUUGUAGAAAAUUGUCAACCAUAUUUUCUUAAAUUUUAUGUCGUGUAUAGAAUAACAUAUCUUCAAAAUAAUGGAGCUGACAGAGGUGGUUUCUCCGCAUGUUGCCGUGCCAGUAGUUGGAGUUUUGCUUUGUGCAUUUUUGGUUUUUGCGUUUGGCUUUAAAACACCUGGUCAACCACCAAGCUUUAAUUUUGAAGAAGAUAACAAAAGGAAAAGAUCAAAGAAAUCAAAGUCUCCCAGGAGCCAGACGAAUGGACAUGUUGUAGCAGUAAGUGAUGACGAAACUGACAACAAAACAAAUGCCAAACCGCCUACACAGUCAAAAAAUGUUUCUAAGUCUCCAAAACCAAGUGCCAAAAAAUCUCCUGAACAGAAUAAAAAGGUAAAGAAAACUACUAAAGAUGUCGAAGAGUCUAAACCUGUGGCAUCUUCACCUGUGUCUGAGGAUGACGGAGGAGGAUGGACCACUCAGGUGUCAAAGAAAGACAAGAAGCAGAGGAAGACGAUCAUUGAGUCCGACAUCGAGGAGAAGACCGUGGAGCCUGUUGAGGAAGCCAUCGUAGAGGAGAAGUGUAAACCCAUGGAACAGAAAAAAAAGAUCAAGAAGAAAAAUCAGCAGCAGGAGACUGUGACUGUCCAAGAUGAGAAGACCCCAGAGGCAAAACCUGACCUGAAAGAGACGUCAACUGAAAGCAGCAAAAAAACCAAGAAUAAGAAAAAGACAGAAGCCACUAAAGAACCAGAGAAAAAGCCAAGUGAACCAGAGAAAAAGCCAAGUGAACCAGAGAAAAAGCCAAGUGAACCAGAGAAAAAGCCAAGUGAAGCAGUGAAAGCAGUGGUUGAACCAGAGAAGAAAAGUGAAGAAAAAGUCAAGUCAAGCACACCAGAGGAUAAAAAUAAAACGUCACCCAAAAAAAAGAAAGGAGCCUCUGCAACAGAUAAGAAGGAGGAGGUGGUGAAGAAGCCCGAGUCAGCCAAAGAGACGAAGAAGGCAGCCGAUGCUACUCAAGCUGAUCAAAAGAAAUCAAAAGUCAAGUCCGACACUUCCUCAGAUUCAAAAACCGUCAAAGCACCCCCAGAAGCCGUCUCCGAAUCAAAGAAACCUAAAACAGCCGAACAGCCACAUGUUGAGGCUGAGGUGAAAAGUGCUGAAAAUGAUGGGUCAUCUGUCUCAUUUGAUGAAAUUGGAGAUUCCUGGGUUGAAGCCAAGCCUAAAAGCAAGAAGAAAAAAGCCAGGCGAGACAACUAGUUGAUGCGGUUUUGUUUUAUUGUUGUUGCUAUAUACUGCAAUGAAAGGUGCUGGACCCUCAUUAACAAGGCUCUGUGACCUUAACACACAUUGACAAAGGCCUGGUUGUGGUGGUAGAUUUAGAAACAAGGCCUGCACACCUCAUGAUCAUCAAAGGCACAGCCCAAAGCAUAGUUUAUUCAUCCAGGAAGAAAAUGUCAACAGAAUUUGGAACAUCAAGUAUUAACAUAGUUCGUGCAAGAUAUUUCGGGUUCCCUUCUUGACAGGAAUUAAGAGUAGAAAAGACUUUGGAGAAUAAUAAGAGAUGAAUUUUUGGGGAAUUUUUUUUUAUUUAUUUAUUUUUUGGAUUUUUUUUUAUUUCUUUUGUUUUAUUUUGUUUUUGCUUGUUUGAAGAAGAAAAAUGUACACAGUGAUGAGAGAACAUUAAACCUUGGUACAUAGUAUGAUUUCGCUCAACAUUGACUAUGAAUUUUUUUUCUUUUAUGAUUGUUGAAUAAUUUGUUUUCUUUUGUAUUUUUGUGAAGCUAUUCUUUUUAAAACUGUGUGAAGGCAUUUUGGGGCUUUUUGUUAAGUUCAUGUUAGAUCCUUACAAAUGAUUGAUUCUAGUCACCAUGUGGAAAAUGACCUCUGAUGGUGAAGUUGAACUAUGGCUGCUGAAGCUACUGGAAGAUAUAUUUCCCCAUUGUUUCUGCGUAAUGAUGGUUGUUGAUAAAAAGAUAAAUGAAAUCGUCAAGAAUGAAAUACAAUGAAAUUAUCUAUGUGUAGUUCUGCAUUAGCUUAUUAAUAUAGUGCAAACCUAUUUUUCACUCCAAAUAUAGCACAGAUAUUAGACGAAAAAAGAAAUAUAUUUUUGAUAGUUUUUGUUUGAAAUGUAAAAUAUGUGACUUGUGAUGGACGGAUCAUAUUAGUUUACAAGUGGACUUGAAUGGAAUAUACCUUAAUUCACAUUUUCUAAAUAUUUAAUCAUGAUUUGAUUAUGUAUUGUCCUCUGAAAUAAUCAAUCUGCAAGAGGUUUCCUGUUUGAGAGUCUACAAUGGAUGUCAUGAUAAAUUAUUAGUAGUUUUUGUUAUGCAGUGUUUAUGUAUGGGUUUAAAGAGAGAAGGGGAGAAAAAAAACAACUAUAAUGGGUGUGUGUUAAAGGCAGAUGCCAGAUAUUAUUGUAUAAAAUACUUGGGACAUUUGUGAUAUUUAGUGCUUAAGGGGGGGCAGUGGACACUGAACAGAAAAUAGGGGUUGGUUUAGGGCAUAUAUUUAUUUAUUAUUUUAACAACAAAAAAAGUGUUGCUGAUAGUCAAAUAUACGCAUUCAACUUUUAUCUAAAAAUGACUUGCAUAACCGGGUGUGAGUGUGUACAGUGUUAUGCAUUAUAAGUGGAAUUUUUAGUGAGACACAAAUUUAGCGAUUUUCCCAUAAGAAAGGGUGUACAUAUAUUUAGCAAGAGCUAUGUUGUCGCGACUUUAAAAUUCCAAGAGAGAUAAAUAUUACUUAUGAUUCAGAAUAAAUUAAUUUUAGCAAUCUCAACACCCUCGCUAAUAAUGCCAAAAUUAAACCCUUGCUAAACUUUUCUGCUUUAUACACGAUAUAUAUGUGUUUAUUGUGAAAAAUUUUCACUAAAUGUUAAUAUUACACACACAUACAGACAGACUGAAUUUUAUUUAAUACAUUCCAGAUUUUUCUUUGGCAGCUUUUAGUACAUUUGAAGAAUUUAAACAGUUUUUAACUUUUAUCUUCCUGUUUGUAUUGCUCUUUACACAGUCUGAUAAGCUUUUUAAAAUGUGAUGGGGGGGAUGCCUGCAAUACAAUAAAGUUUGUCUUCCAGAGUCUAGUUUUGUUGAAAAGUGGGUUCUGUUUUGAUGUAAAUAUUUUGCCCCCCCCCCCCCCCCUUUUUAAAAAAAAAAAAAAAAAGAGAUGUAUAGAAAGAUAAAUUAUAAUCAAGUUUUCCAACUAAUAACAGAACUAAGCCAUAAUAUCUUAUGUUCCUGAUUGCGAAUCGUAUGAUUUUUAUUUAUCAAAGUGCCAAAACAGCAGAGGACGCCAAUUAUGAAUUCUCUUGGAAGAAAGUAGAUGAUGAACGUUUAGAAUGUUGAAAAUCAUAUUUGAUUGAAAUGGAAAUAUAUGUUGGAUAUGAUGUGCAAAUUGUUUGUUUUUUUUGUGAAAAAUUUAUUUAUUAAAUAUGUCUAUGUUUACAUAUGUGCAAAUCGCAUGAGAAAAACUACGGCACUGUUAUAAAUGGCAUGCAAAUGCUGUUUAAUUAGUUUAUGAUGGCAUGUAUGUGUGCUUUUGCAGUAGAUAUAGUUUUAUCGCUAUUUAAGUUGUGUCCCUUUAACAUAUAAUUUUGUUGUUGUCGAUGUCUCUAAUUGAUCGAUGUUGAAAUGUUGAUGAUCAGGGAAGUAAAUUAGGAAGAGGGCCAAUAUAAUCUACAGAAAAAUUCAUUUCUGCUGCUGUAAAUGGGAACAUGCAUGUAUAUUAUGGUUGUGGGAUUUUACUUGUUAUUAAGAAUGUCCAGUUCACCCAAACAAGUGCACCCUAUUCUUAUUAAAGAUAUAAAAACCUGAGGAAGUGAUCAUUUAUUGAGUAAUUGUAGGUCACAAAUUGUACAGAUCUAUGGAAUAUUGACUGAUUUAUAAAGUUGACAGAGUUUUUAUGUACAUGAUGACAUAAGUGUACAAAAUAUUAUCUUAGACACUUGAAGGGUGAAUAUGGAACAGCUGUUAAACUGCUACUGAAAUGAAAAUGAGUGCUGUCAUGGAAAGCUUUAGGGAAAUAAGGGGGGAUGAAAAUUUAUAUGGUGCAAUGUUUGUUAUUUGUAAGUGUAUAUAUCUAAAAGAGUAUACAUUUAUAUAUAUAUAUAUAUAUAUAUAUAUAUAUAUAUAUAUAUAUAUAUAUAUAUUUCUUUCACAGUUUGUCAGUAUUUUCCAAAAGAAUUACCCCCUUUUUUUUUUUAAAUUGGGUCACUUGUGUAUGACAAUAAUUUCAUCACAGACAUGUUAAAAACAUUUAGAGAAAUGAAUAUCAGAUUAUGUAUUUCCACCCAUAGAAUGUUCAAUGGAUGUCUGCAGAAUCACUACUAAAAGGCAAUAUAAUGGAUUACGAUUUGACAUGUGUAGUCCUGAAGUGGUGUAUAAAUGGAAAUGUUUGAAAUGGUAUAUCUUAUUAUAUGAUUUAUUGUGAUACAUGUAUGUAAAUAUGUGUUUUAUAUAAUGCAUGUGAUUACUCAAACGACCAAUCUGAAGUCAUUAUACAGGGUAUGUGACAUCUUCCCAGAUCUGUCGGAGCGUCUCACUUUAUGUGGCAUUAGUUAAUCAUUCCAAGAUUUAGUGCAUAUACUUGUUUCCUUCUUUUUUUUUGUCUUUGGAAUUGUUUUUUCAGGAUUGAGUGAUAGUGUCUUAUGAUGCCAUGUGUUUCAGUUCUUGAUGAUGGAGAAGGAAUGAUAUUUUUGUUGUCUUCUGAAUGUUUAAUCUGAGAGUGUGCGAGAAAUAAAGUGACGGGUGUGAUUUGACUCUUAUCAGGUUCACUUAGGUUGUGUUCAUUAUAGAAAAAGAAAUGACAAGAAUGAAUUAAAAUUGAUCAUAUAUACAUAUAA